CUUGCUGGAAGAGUUAUGCAACGAGCCUUUUGUGCAGCCCGCAGUGCACCCAAGCGACACUCGCCAUCGCCGUCAAUCGGAAGGUCGUGCAUCAAGGCCCUUAGAGAUGAACCUGUCCCCUGUCAAAGGACGUCGACAUACUGAACACAGGGCGCCACGUUUCCUCGCGGACGCGCGCAGUCGCGUGGCAUUUUGGCUUGCAGACCUGCAGCUGUAAGCCAGGGAUUAUCAUGAUUUCUAUUCGUCUCGGGUUUCGCAAAGAAAAUCAACGUGCCCUGACUGACGUGCAUUUGACCGACUGCUUAAAGUGGUCUUGCCCGCCAUGGCUUUUGCCCCAAACCGUCUCUAUCUCUUCUCAAAACAUCACUCUAUUGAAAGAUAGUCACAGCUAUUGUGUUGACGGGCAGGCCGAGUCACAUCAUGGGCCCUGCCAGAUCGGUAGAUUAUUCCACCGGUUAGUGCUCGAGGCUAACCCGGAAAGGCCUGCAUGUAUGCUUAAGCGACUAUCAGGAGCUCAUUGGGUCUUGUGUCUUCUAUUGUGCUCACCGACAACUAUUUGCUAUUUCCAGUGUGUAUGCAUAUGUCCCCAACUCUUCUUACAGGCAAGAUGCACACAAGACUAUUUUAGAGACAAGACUGUUGGAAGCGAGGCCGAAUCGGGACUUUCUCCACAAUCACGCAUGUCAUACAGCGAGUCAGGUCGUGCUCGAUUCAGAUAUUGAUAUGCAGAACCCGUCACAUCUGCAGUUCAUGCAGGAUGCAGGGCACUCACUCCAGGCUGUUGGCUUGCAAGGUGCUCAGUAAGCCGUCGACUCGAUCGCUGAGGGUCCCGCAGAGACUC